GGGAUCAAAAUCGCUGAAAUCGGUGAAAUCUAGAUUUUAAAGGGAUUUUACCGAUUUUGAGUUCCAGGUUAAAUUGCACAUUCUGGACCAAUUGAACCGGUCGGGUCGACUACUAUUUUUCUCCCAAAGUCGGGCCUUUCUAUUUGCCGGUUCAAUUACUUCCCCAAAUCAAAAACCCUAGAGCUAUAUCCCUUUACCUUCCACCUCUGGUCUCUGUCUGUCGAUACCCCAAAUCAGCAGCCGAGAAUCAGCAGCCGAGAAUCAUGCCUGCUGAUGAUGCCUCUGCCUCAGCAACACAAUCCACGGAACAGCUAUCAAAACGUAAGAGGAAUGAACAAGGGAGUAGAAUCGACCCAGCUUGGCAAUAUGUGUUCGAUGUAAACGCAGAUGCAAAGUCUUCUAAAUGUAAGUUCUGCUCUAAGCUGCUUUCUGGUGGGGCAUUUCGUCUCAAGCAUCAUCUCGCUGGGACGAAGCAAAACGCGGCGCCCUGUCCGAGUGUUCCUGAUGAUGUGAGACGACAAAUGCUGGAGCUCUUGGACUUCAAUUUGGAAGCAAAAGAGGUACGAAAAAAUUUGAUUCGCCCUGGUCUUGGGGUUAACAGUAGCGAAGCUUCUGCUCCUGUAGAGUCAGUUCAGUCCAGUAUACCAAACAGGGGAAAGAAAAUUUCCAAUAGCAAUCCGCCUCUUCCAAAUCGUCGUCAAUCAACCAUGAGUCAAUUGUUGAAAAAAGAUCUUCGACAUGAUGCUUGUAGGGGUAUAGCAAGAUGGUUCUACAACAACGCCCUUUCUUUUAAUGCUUCUAGAGAUGAUUUGUUUGGUGAAAUGUUUGAGCUCGUUGCUAGACAUGGUCCAGGUUUUAAACCACCAUCAUACCAUGAGCUAAGAGAGACUUUGUUAAAAGAAGAGCUUAAGGAAGUAGAAGGAAAACUUGCUGUCUUCAAAGAGGAAUGGAAAUCGGUGGGUUGCACUAUCAUGUCCGAUGGAUGGACUGAUAGGAAGAGAAGAUCAAUCUGUAAUUUCUUGGUCAAUAGCCCAAGAGGGACUAGCUUUGUUGAGUCUAUAGAUACAUCAGGCGUCAUUAAGAAUACAGAAAAGGUAUUUCAGAUGUUGGAUAAUAUUGUAGAGAAGGUAGGAGAAGAACAUGUUGUUCAAGUUGUCACCGAUAAUGCAUCUGCUUAUAAAGCUGCUGGAGAAAGACUAAUGGCAAAGAGAAAGCAUUUGUUUUGGACUCCGUGUGCAGCUCACUGUUUGGAUUUAGUGUUAGAGGAUUUUGAGAAACACUUACCGGUUCACAAGACAACCAUUUCGAAGGGAAAGAAGAUUUCGAAUUUCAUCUAUGCAAGAACUAAUCUGAUUGCUAUGAUGAAGGAGUUUACAAAUGAUAGAGAUCUGGUCAGAGCUGGCGCUACAAGAUUUGCAACUUCGUAUUUGAGUCUUGCUCGCCUUAGUGAACAAAAGGGCAACUUAAUGACUAUGUUUGCUUCAGAAAAAUGGAGGAAAAGUUCAUUUGCAAGCAUUCAAGAGGGGAAAAGGAUUCAAGGAAUUGCUUUAGAUGGAAGGUUUUGGACUAAUGUGGUGAAUUGUCUCCGAGCUGCUCUGCCUGUGGUCAAAGUGUUAAGAUUUGUUGAUGGAGAAGAGAAGCCAUCAAUGCCAUUUUUGUUCCAAGAAUUGUGUGAAGCAAAAUUGAAGAUUAAAAGUAACUUCAGUAACAUGGAAAAAAGAUAUAAACCAAUUAUCAAAAUAAUUGAUAAAAGGUGGGAAGAACAGAUGGGGAAGCCUUUGCACUUGGCUGCUCAUUGGCUGAAUCCUCGAGUUCACCAUGCUAAAGGAUUCAACCAUAAUGAUAAGCAAUUAAAAGUUGGGUUAUAUGAAACAGUGGAAAGAUUAGCAAGAGGCCGUGAUGAGAAACUGAAAAUUAUGGAACAACUAACAGAAUUUCACCGUGCUUCGGGAAUGUUCAAUUCUUAUGGAGCAAUGGAUUUGUUAGAUAGAAAGCAUCUUGCAGAUUGGUGGUCUGAUUUUGGGGAUGAUGUUCCGGAGCUUCAAAAGUUUGCUAUUCGGAUUCUAAGCUUGACUUGUAGUGCCUCUGGGUGUGAAGGAAAUUGGAGUGUGUUUGAGAGACUUCAUACUAAAAAGAGAAAUUGCUUGCUCCAGAAGAAGAUGAACAACCUUGUGUAUGUGAUGUAUAACUCGAGGUUGAUGCGGAGAUCAUGUAAAAAAGUGGAGGAUAUAUUUGCGGAGAUUGAUUCUGAUGAUGAAUGGAUAGUUGAAGAGGGAGCAGAGAAUGAACAUGAGGGUCAAGUGUUGGUUGAAGAACAUGUUGAUAUUACUGAAUUACCUGUUGGAGAUGGUAGCAAUGGUACGAAUAUGGUUAGUGUCGAAGAUAAUUCAAGUGCUCAUGGGAGCAAAACUAAUGAUAUUGAUAUCAUUGGGCAAGCAAUUCAACAAGGAUUUUAUGAUGAUGAUAAUGAUGGUAUGGAGGAUAGUUGCAAUUUCAAGGAUGGCAAUGAUGACGAGGAUGAAGACUUGGAUAUUAAUAUUGAUCCAAAUGACCUUAUGUGAUCUGUACUAUUAAUUUUUAAGUCUUAACUACUAUUACUAGAACUUUAGAAGUCUAGAUGCAAGUUAGUCAGUUUGUAUUUGUAUUGAAUUAGAGUAUUAAUCUUGAGAUUUAUCGUAUUAAGUGGUUUGUGUCUUUGUGUUAUUAAUGAUUUAUCUUAUUGAUAUUAUUCAGUGCUUGUUUUUAUAUGGAACUUAAAAUCCUACGAUUUUACGAUUCGAUUUUAAGAUCCCGAUUUUACCUCGGUUUUCGAUUUUAGGUAAAAUCCCGAUUUUAACUGCUUUGUCCACACGAAUUCCCCCAUUGGCCAUCAACCCUACUGUGGUUUUUGUUUUUAUCUCAUUCCAUCCCUGAAACCCACAUGUGAUGAUGGGGAAGGGGGAAAACACACAUGGAAAUGGGAAGAGCUCGCUUGCAAGAAACCAAAAAAAGAAAAGAAGGCAACUAUAACGGCAGAAUUCAAUGGUUUUCAGGCAUAGCAAUCCAAAGACAUGUCUUAUGAGAUAUGGUUCUCUGGCUUCCAAGUCAAACAACAUGAAGAUGGACCAUUCACAUUGCCCCAUAUAUGUAUAUAUACUUAAGUGUCUUUCUCAACUUCCAUCUCUUCGUUACCCAUAUCCUUAUCAUAUCAUCACCAAACUGGCAAACUUACCCUUCUCUGCCUUUUUGGAUAUCAUGGACAAUGGACUCAUAUUAAAGGCAUAAUAGUGUU